AUGCGCAAUGCCUUGAACCGCGGCGGCCUUACGCUGGCUCAGACGGCGGUGGCGACGUUCGCCUCGACAGAUGACACGGCACUACUGGCCAAUCCGAGCGAGGACUUUGACUAUGACUACGUGUUGGACUGCCAGCCCACUGCGAACAAAAGCGGUCUAGCACUGGCGCUAUCCAAUUGCAAGAUUCAGCUGCGCAGUCUCGAGACGCUCGGGUUAGUGCACGAAUUCCACGCGCAUAAUAGCACCAUUAACGAGGUGUGGACAUCUUCGUCCUCUCCUUUCCAGCUAGCUACGUGCUCUAGUGACGAGUGCGUCAAGCUCUGGGACACUCGUGCGGCACUCCCAGCAAUGGUGGUGCCGGUCGGACGCGAAGUCUGGAGUCUGUCCAUUGGAUGCGGCGAGACGCUGCUAGCCACGGGUACUGACGAACUCGCGCUAUUUUACGACGUUCGCACGGGGAAUAAGCUCGGCCAAUACGGAGAAAGCCACGUGGACGCCAUCACCAAGGUGCGAUUCCACCCGACGCAGCCGGCGUUCGUGGUCACGGCGUCCGAAGACGGCGUCGUGUGCUUCUUUGACUGCCGCAUACCCGAUGAAGACGAUGCGCUCGAGAGUAUUUUCAACGUUGAGAGUGCCGUCACCACUGUCGGCUUCUUCGGCCCGCAGAAGGAGAACAUCUUCUGUCUCACAGGCACCGAGACGCUCGACCUGUGGAACCUCUGGACGGCCGAGCGACUGCACCACUACGACACGAUCCGUGACGACUGCAACAAGAACGGCUUGUCCACUGACUAUUUAAUCGACUGCGUGUACGACGACCAGUCUAACGAGCUCUUCCUGCUGGCCGGCAACCACGACGGCGAUUUGAACGCCGUUACCAUCGGCACAGACGUCGCCUCAGCCGGCAAGUUGCAGCACGCGGCGGCACUCAAGGGUGGCCACAAGUCCUGCGUACGUUGCAUUUACUAUGGCCCAGAGAAUGCUACGCUGUACACGGGAGGUGAGGAUACGCGCCUCUGCAAGUGGACGGUGUCGGGCUCGGCUGAGACUACGGACGGCUACUCGUCCUCGGGUUCCUCCAGAAGAGCGUCGGGACUCGACCCGGCAGGCAUCCGGAAGGCACGCAAAGCCUCUCGGCCAUACUAGAUAGAUUCGUUUUAAAAUGCAAAGG